AACAUCCGCAAAAUGUGUUUGCUUCGGGUUUAAGGUGGCAAAUGGAAUGUGUGACGAAGCACAAAAUUUCAUUCCACUCAAGUGACAGGCAGCCUGUUGAAACCCCCAACAACUUAACACCCUUUGCUGGGUUUAUUCGUAUGCUUUACGUUUGGGUAGAUCCAGGUGGCGGAGCACACCAGAGAGCACACUAUUUGUUUAGGCUAAGAAGGGGUGUAGCCUGACGUUUCGAAUGAAGACCCAGAUUGCAAAAUAACACUGGCGGAUAUAGGCCUACACUGGUUCAGUCUAAACUAGACGUAAGUGCCAAAGUCUGAAGUUGGUGUUUCAAACAACAUCCUAGUCUAGCAAUAGCGUUGUUGUUCACAUAACUUGAGUUACAGCAGAACGACGGGGAAAAUUGUGAGCAAGCAGCGAUGUCAACAGGCCUGGCAGCAGGGUCAGAGUCUGGCCCAGAGUGUCCGGCCUCUGGGCAGUAUGACUACAACCUUCUGGUCAUCGGGGGAGGGUCAGCAGGCUUCGCUGUGGCCAAGGAAGCGGCUUCUCUUGGCCAGAAGGUCCUACUUCUAGAUGCCCCAUCUCCUCCGGGUAACACUAAGAGUGUGAGUGGCUUUGGAGGUGGAGUGAGCGUGCUGAAGAGGCUGAUGCAGCAGGCUGCCUUGCUGGGACAGAGCCUGAAGGAUGCAGCAGCCUACGGCUGGAAGAUCCAGCAGCCAGUUGAACACAGCUGGAGUGAGCUGACAGACGCACUGCAGGAGAGGAUGAAGGAGCUGAGCUUUGAACGGCGGCAGGAACUCAGGAAGCUCGGUAUCACCUACCUGCACGCUCACGCGGAGAUGCUGGACCCACACACUGUGCAGGCGACAGACUCAAAAGGGGAGAAGACUAGCCACACUGCAGAGACCAUCGUGAUUGCCACAGGAGAUAAACCACACUACCCAGACAUCCCUGGGCUGAAGGAACACUGCAUCACUUGCGAUGACCUGUUCUCCCUGCCUCAACCCCCCGGGCGUACCCUGGUGGUGGGGGACUCGGGGGAGGUGCUGGAGGCGGCCGGCUGGCUGUUCGGCCUGGGCACCGCGGGGGAGGACGUGGUGGUCAUGCGGCCCUCGGACCAUCGGGAGGACGGAGACCACAAGGUGCUGGAGAAGCUGGAGGGACACAUGUACGUGCAGGGCGUCUGCUACAUAUACGGAUACAUGCUCACCAAGGUAGAGAAGAUUGAGGCUGGUAGUCCAGGUAAACUGAAGACCACAUCUUGGCCACCUGGCCGCCCUCUACUCGUGGACGAACAGGUGUUCAACACUGUGAUCCUAUCUGUGGGUAGGGAUGGCUGCACCCAAGGCCUUGGCCUGGAGCGAGUUGGGGUGACACUGAACCAGAGUACAGGUAAGGUGGUGGUGAAUGCUGAAGAUCAGACCAGUGUGUCCCACAUCUAUGCCAUUGGAGCCGUGCAGGAGGGCAGGCAGGCUCACGCAGGCCUCUCCACAGAGACCGCACGCCUACUGGCUCAGAGGCUAUACUCAGGAAAACACACCAAGUGUGAGAGCUCCAGUGUCCCCAGGGUGUUGUUCACCCCAAUGGAGUAUGCCUUCUGCGGACUCACAGAGGAGGCAGCAACCCAGAGCUUUGGGGAGAGUAACAUAGAGGUCUUCCAUGAACACUACUGGCCCCUGCAGUGGAGCCUGCCCAGGAGGAACAAGAACUCCUGCUACGCCAAGGUCAUCUGCCACAUCCCAGACAAUCACCGUGUGGUGGGGGUGCACGUGCUGGGCCCCAGCGCUGGUGACAUCAUCCAGGGCUUCGCCACGGCUCUCAGGGGUGCCCUGACCAAAAAGCAGCUGGAUGCCACCAUAGGCCUCCACCCUGUGUCUGCAGAGGUGCUGGCCAAUUUGACACAAACCCAGCGUGAGACAGAAGCCAUGCGCGUGCAAGGAAACUGCUGAGGUUAAAUCCCUGCUGUCAAUUACUGGCUACCCAUGGCAAUAGCGAAAACAGCAUCCUCCAUGUGUGUGUAGUUUUGUGAUGCUAUGGGUAGCAUGUGGACAGCAGGGCGAUCGCUAAUGUGUGGUCUUUUGAAUGGAAUGAUUGGCAGCUGGGCAGUCCAGAAACUGACCAAUGACGUCCCCACCUGCAGCCUGGGAACAGGUGGGCGGGGACCGAUGAACUGCUUCCAAUUGUUUUGUUUGUUGGAUCAUUAUUCCUUCAUUGAAAUUUAAGAGACUUCACUCGUGGAGACUUUGCUUUGGUGCAUGACGUAAUUUUCCCAAAAACGGGAACUAAGCAGGGCACAAUAUUUUUUUACAUUUUUAAGACAUUAUCAUGUUCAUACCAAGCCCAACGCCCCAAACAUUACAUUUGGGACCAACUAAUAAGACAUUUACACUUUAGAAAAAAAAACAUCGUGUUUGUGAAUAAAUGCAGCAAAGGCAUGUACUCUUCAGAGGCAAUGAAGAUGCACGUAAAAAAGGAAGUGAGACCACUAUCUGAGAAACACUUUUACAUCUACUAUCUAUCCAAAUGAUGCAGCAGAGAUGAAGAAGGCAUUACUGCCAAAAACAUCGGUCUAUAUGACUAAGCAAAAAUAAUGAA